AUGGCAAAAGAGGUUUAUGGACAAGCUUUUCAAACUUCAACAGAUAAGGAUUUGUAUACACAUCGAGCCAUUCUUACUCCCACAAAUGAUGAAAAGGAUAAAAUAAAUGACUACAUGCUUUCGCAGUUGCCAGGAGAAGAGAAGGUUUACCUUAGCUCUGACAGUAUUAUCCCAUCUGAUGUUGACAUAGAAGAAAAUGUCGUAUAUCCUGCAGAGUUUUUGAACAGUGUUAAAGUGGCUGGACUGCCUAGACAUUGCUUGAAGCUCAAGGUUGGUGCUCCUAUCAUGUGUCUUCGUAACAUGGAUGUUGCAGAUGGUUUAUGUAAUGGUACUAGGCUAAUUGUUACUCAGUUACUGCCCCAUGUGAUAGAAGGUCUGAACCGGACCACCAAAGAUCAGAGACGAGCUGAGACGAACGGACGCGGAACGGCUCCUAUCGGAUCGCGUUGCCGAGAGCUAUCGCGAGCUUGUUUCUUCUCGCGGACGGUUGCGUCUGGUCUGGGAUUUGGUCUGAGAUGGACGCAAGCUGAGCUGAGGCUGAGGACGUUGAUCACGGACAGGGAACGUCUGAAGCUGAGCUUGAUCGGCGUUGAGCUUGAUCGGAGUUUGCAAGCCCGAACGCAAGCAAGAACAAUUUAG